CACUCAAGAGGAUCAGAGGAAACAAAAGAGGAGGAGGAGGGCAGACAGAGGGGGAAAGUCAAAAAGAUGGCGUGGAGGGCCCUGGCAGUGCUGUCCCUGCUGCUGUGUUUUGGCUCAUCUUGCUGUGAUGAUACUCAAGACCAGUUCUUGUCUGCAACAGUCAUCAACAAUGUCGUUCAGGACCCUCAAACCGGACGAAUCUACCUUGGUGCCAUAAAUGGGAUCUAUCAGCUGAACUAUAAACUACAGCAGGAGAGCAGUGCUGUAACAGGCCCUAAGAAUGACAACCCACAGUGCACUCCACCGAUCACUGCACAGUGCACUGAUGCAAAGGAAACGAACAACAUCAACAAACUCCUGCUGGUUAAUUCCGCCAAUGGCACCCUAGUUGUUUGCGGAAGCCUUUUCAGGGGCAUCUGCUCUUUGGUAGACCUUCACAGCGUGGACAAACCGGUGUACUACAGUGACACCAAAGGCGAGAAGACAUACGUGGCCAGCACCGAGGAGUCUGUUGCAGUGGUGGGGGUCAUUUCUUAUUAUAUAGAUGGUAAUUCUAAUAAAAACCUCAGCGUAUUUCUAGUAGGGAAGGGCUACGGUGGCUCGGAUAGCUCAAAACUCAUCAGCACUCGGUUGCUGCAGGAGCAUUUGGAAAUGGAUGUUUUUGAGAACAUGGUUGAAGCUUCCACUGUGCAAGCUAGCCCUUUUGUCCAGCGCUACCUCCACGACUUUCGCCAUGCAUUCAAGGAUAACGGUUACAUCUACUUCCUGUUCUCACGCACUUCGGGCACCAGUGACAGCAGGAAGAUCACGUUUGUAGCACGCCUGUGCGAAAAUGACCAUCAUUAUUAUUCUUAUACCGAACUUCAGCUCAACUGCACCGCCAGUGUUGAACAACAGGAGAACACGUACAACAAGGUCCAAGCGGCAUAUCUGGCCAAACCUGGUGAAGUUUUGGCUAGGAAUCUCAACGAUAAGGUUCUAUUUGUUGUGCUCAGUGCAGAUGAAGAUGGCGGUCGAUCAGCCUUGUGCAUGUACCCACUCAACAGCAUUAACACUAGGCUUGAGGAGGUGAUUGAAUCCUGCUACAUAGGAGAAGUUCUGGAGGACGAGAAACCAAAGACCGUUUAUUCACCCUACAUAUCCAAGACAGAGGCCAUCUGCAAGACCAAAAGAGAUAAGAAUAUGGUGAAGGAAUAUAAAUGUGGUGCAGAGUUCCUGCCAUCUCCACUAGCCAGUAAACCUGAGUAUGCUCUGUCUGUCAAACCCAUCUACACCCGAAAUGACAUGCUGACAGCUGUAGCUGUAGCGGUGGAGAAUGGGCACACGGUGGCAUUCUUGGGAACCGGUGGAGCAGAUGUCUUAAAGGUGCAUCUUGAUCCCAACCGCACUGACUUUUAUCACAGGAUUCAAGGGGAACGCGCAGAUGGUGGGGUGAACAAAAACCUCUUUUUUGAUUCAACUUCGGAUCACUUGUACAUCACCACUGGCAGAAAGAUCACCAAAGUGCCAGUGCAGGCCUGUGAGCAGAAGAAUGACUGUCACUCAUGUGUGUCCCAACGGGACCCAUAUUGUGGCUGGUGUGUGCUGGAGGGCCGUUGUACAAGGAAGAAGGAUUGUCGCAAGGGAGAUGGAGAGAAUGCCUGGUUGUGGAGUCCAAAACAAACAUGUGUAGCCAUUCAGUCCUUUGAGCCCCCCAACAUCAGCUGCAAGAAAACGCAUAGGACCCCGGUGGAGAUUAACAUCCCCUCCCUCCCCAGUAUCAACAGUCCUGACAGACUUAUGUGUGAGUUUGGUGACUACAGAAGUGCCGCUACUAUGAAAGGCACACGGGUCAUUUGUGAUCUCCCGACCUCUGAGUUAAUCCCGCCCACACCUGAGACACUAGAUUUUGUGUCAGUGCCAGUGAAAAUCACAGUGAAUGAUGGCAUUGAAGUGGCAUCCGGUGCAUUUGAGUUCUACAACUGUGCAGCCGUGGUGAAAAGAUCAGACAAUACUCCGUGCAUCGCAUGUGUGACCAGUAAGUGGGGCUGCCAGUGGAACAUUCGUGAUCACACAUGCAGUGAUAGUGUUGAGUCUGUCGAGGAAAAUCUUAUCAUCAAACACACUGAGGAUGACAGGUGUCCUCAGUUUGAGAUCCCUGAACCUCUGCUUAUUCCUGUUGGCAUCAAAACUCCCAUCCAAUUUCAGGGCAAAAAUCUAGAAAAAUAUUCGGUCAAAACCUUUCAGAUUGGCACUGAGCUCAUGAAACAGGUGGGCGAGGUGACUGUGGUGUCUGAGGGGUCAACGUACAAAUUUGAGGGAUAUGAGUUUGCGUAUGACAAAGAGCCAGAGGUGAAUGUGACGUUCUACAUAAAGGAUAAAGACACAGAGAGGAUGAUUGACAGCACCCUCAGAGUGGUGCUCUACAAUUGUUCAGUAAGACGGGAGGACUGCAGUCUGUGUAAGAACGCUGACCCGAAGUAUAACUGCGUGUGGUGCGACACCCCAAAAUCCUGCAUCUACAGAAGCCUGUGUAACACGGAGAUGCAGCAGUGUCCACCUCCAAAGAUCACUGAUAUUGUUCCCCGGUAUGGGCCGAUAAAUGGACAGAUCUCUGUUACAAUAAAAGGGUCUAACUUGGGCAUCAAGCAGGAGGACAUUAAGAGAAUCACUGUGGCUGGAGUGCCAUGUACACAUCAGCCGGAGAGAUACUCAGUCUCUACCAGUGUCGUAUGUGAGAUCGGGCCUUUCCACUCACAACCCCCUGUAGACCUGCCGAAUGCACCCAGCCUGGUCGGGCCAGUGGAAGUGGAAGUGGAAGGGGGGAGAGUAGGACAGUCGAAAGUGUCAUUCACUUACAGGGAUCCUGUCCCCUUGGCUGUGUCCCCCUCUAAAGGCCCGGCUGCUGGAGGAACCAUCAUCACUAUCACAGGACAGCACCUAGACACGGCUAGUAAAGAUGACAUCAGCAUCACAGUGGACAGAGAGCCUUGUGAAGUGUUGACAUUUGGCCAGGAGAUCACCUGCAAAACAGGCCCAUAUAAAGGACAGAAGAUUCCUUCAGAUAAGUUGCUUGUUAUUGUGAAGUACGGCAAGGACACUUCCAAAGAAGUCAGCGGUUUCGAAUACUCAACAAAUCCCAAAGUUACAGAGUACUCCCCACAGGCCAGCUUUGUUUGCGGAGGCCGUAAGAUCUUAGUUACGGGAUCUGGAUUUGAUCAGGUGCAAAGAGCCACCAUGCGAGUGCUGCCCUCUUCUGACGAGUUAAAUCUCAACUCUGCCGACAUGGAGAUCGUUCAAGAAGUUAGCUUUAAGAACGAAUCCGUACUGGAGUUCCUCUCUCCGGUUGUAAACGAGACAUAUGUGAACCUUUCCUUAAGAACCAUCAUCCAGCUGGACAACUUGGUGGAGAACUUGACUAAUUUUGUUUACCAUCCAAACCCCUUGUUCGAUCUUUUGACCGAAAAAGCCAUCACGGAAAGCAGCAUCAUCAAUGUUAAUGGUCGAGGUUUUUCCAAAGCCAUGACUGCCAGAGAGGCCCAGGCGUUUGUGGGCGAUGAGCCGUGCGUGGUGACAAUCUUAGAGGACGAUAAGUUGUUCCUCGUGGCCCCCUCCAGCCCUCCUAAAUCCACCUCCAGACGCCAUCGCAGAGACACCAGCUCAGAGGCCAUGGAGCUGCUGAUCAAAUUCGGAAAAGGCGAGUGGAAAGUCGGAUCUGUACGCUUUGAGAGGAAAUACGAGGUUCCUCUUUACAUCAUCAUUCCUGCUGUUCUCAUUCCCAUGGUCCUCUUCAUUGCAGCGUCGGUCUAUUGCUACAGGAGGAAAAGCCAGCAGGCAGAACGAGAGUAUGAGAAGAUCAAAAAUCAGCUGGCGAAUUUAGAAGAGAGUGUCCGAGAUCGCUGUAAAAAAGAGUUCACAGAUCUUAUGAUAGAGAUGGAGGACCACACUAGUGAUCUGAGUGAAGCUCGAAUCCCAUUCCUGGACUACAAGAACUACACCAACCGCGUUUUCUUCCUGCCCUCCAAAGAUGGAGCCAACGAUGUCAUGAUCACUGGCAAGCUGGAUAUCCCAGAAUCCCGCAGACCCAUUGUAGACCAGGCGCUCAACCAGUUCUCCAAUCUCCUGAACAGCAAAACCUUCCUCAUCAACUUCAUUCGUACCCUGGAGGGCCGGCAGGAGUUCAAUGCCAGGAAUAAGGUUUACUUUGCCUCGCUGUUGACGGUGGCGCUGCAUGGCAAGCUGGAGUACUACACGGACAUCAUGAGAACCCUCUUGCUGGAGCUCAUGGAGGAAUAUGUCCACAGCAAGAACCCCAAACUCAUGCUCCGCAGAUCUGAGACUGUUGUGGAGAGGAUGUUGUGUAACUGGAUGUCCAUAUGUCUCUACCAGUUCCUGAAGGACUCAGCCGGUGAGCCGCUCUACAAGCUCUUUAAGGCCAUUAAACACCAGGUGGAAAAAGGUCCAGUUGAUGCCAAGAUGAAGAAAGCCAAGUACACUCUAAACGACACAGGACUUCUGGGGGAUGAUGUGGAGUACAGUAUUUUGACCCUGCAGGUGCUGGUUCACGGUGAGGGUCCCGACGUGACCCCUGUCAAAGUCCUGAACUGUGACAGCAUCUCCCAGGUGAAGGAGAAGAUCAUCGAGCAGGUGUACAGGAAUCUGCCCUACUCCCAGAGACCCACGGUGGACAGCGUCGCACUCGAGUGGCGCCCUGGCUCUACAGGGCAGAUCCUGUCUGAUCUGGACUUGACAUCACAGAAAGAGGGAAGGUGGAAACGAAUCAACACACUGGCCCAUUACAAUGUGAGGGAUUGUGCCACCCUUGUCUUGUCUAGAGUUCUGCACACCCAGCAGUCUUUCGACCAGAAUCAAGACAACCACGAAGAAAGAAAUGCUUUGCUGGAGGACGAUAAAGUAUUUCACCUGGUGAGACCAGCGGAUGAGCUUGACGAAGUGAAAUCAAAGAGAGGGAGUAUGAAAGACAAGGCCACGACGAAAGCCAUCACUGAGAUUUACCUGACCAGACUGCUCUCUAUGAAGGGCACACUGCAGCAGUUUGUGGAUGAUUUCUUCCGCAGUGUGUUGUGUCCCGGGACUGUGGUUCCACCUGCAGUCAAGUAUUUCUUUGACUUCUUGGAUGAACAAGCUCUAAAACAUGACAAUGUUGAUGAGGAGACCAUCCACAUCUGGAAGACCAACAGUUUGCCUCUACGGUUCUGGGUGAACAUUUUGAAAAACCCUCACUUCAUGUUUGACGUUCAUGUGACGGAAGUGGUAGACGCCUCUCUGUCUGUCAUCGCCCAGACCUUCAUGGAUGCCUGCACCAAGACUGAGCACAAACUUACCCGGGAGUCCCCCAGCAACAAACUGCUUUAUGCAAAGGAAAUCUCCACUUACAAGAAGAUGGUUGAUGAUUAUUACAAAGGCGUCCGGCAGAUGGUUCCAGUCAGUGACCAAGACAUGAACACGCACCUUGCAGAGAUUUCACGUUCUCACACAGAUAAGUUAAACACCCAGGUUGCAUUGCACCAACUUUACCAGUAUGCCAGCAAGUACUACGACGGGAUUAUCUCGUCGCUGGAGGAGGACCCUGCCGCCCAGAGCAAACAGCUGACCCUCAGACUGCAGCAGAUCGCCGCUGCGUUGGAGAAUAAAGUGACCGACCUUUAAUGUCGGGAGCCCAGACUUGAGAUAGGAGAUGGAAGUGCCACUAAAUCCAAGACGCAGCUCAAUUUAAUGGGCUCAAAUAUAAGAACAUCCCUUCUGGAGGACUCUGGUUGAUGGGAGCCUCUGCUCCGGCGAGUGAAAGAUAAAGUGAGGUGGAACACAGACUAUUUGCGGACCCUUCCUUUCCUCAAGGCUUUCAGCUUUGCUCAUGAUUCAGCGCGACCAAUAUAAACUGUGAGCUGAGGGGA